UGCAACAAGUCGCGCGAGAGCUUUGAGGAGGAGUUUACAAAACCGGCGCCGGUGAUUGGGGGCUCGCGCACGAACCGUGUCGUUGUCCUACUGGAAAAGCGUGCACCUGUUGUGGAUCUGCAGCCAUGGACCGUCUACUGAGAGCAAGAAACUCAAAACCAGCGCCUGAAAACAUCUGCGAUGUUCUGGAGGAGAGAAGGCGGGGUAGUGAUAUAGGCCACGCCCUCAGGACUUUUAGCCCUCAGCCGUAUCAUGGGGCCACGCCUCUGACUGUGAGCGACCUGAACAGGAUGGUGCAGGACUCACAGUAUCUACGCUACGUCAUAUCCGAGAUAUCAGUGGAGUCGGGAGAGCCGCUCGAGGGCGUGAAGGAGGAAGCCGUCAGCAUCUUAGAGGAGAUGAGUCAGAACCUGCAGCUGAGCUUCAUCCGCCUCAUGGGUUUUGCUCUCACAAAAGUCUUCAAGAGGCUCUUCAGCUCCAUCCGGGUGAACGAGGACGGACUUGCGCGGCUCCACCAGGCCAUUCAGGAGCAUCCGGUCAUUCUGAUGCCCAACCACAGGAGCUACAUCGACUUCCUGGUUCUUUCCUACAUCAUGUUUACCUACGAUCUGUCCAUCCCCGUCAUCGCUGCUGGAAUUCCGCUGAUGGGAAUGUCUCUGAUUGGUGAGAUCCUGCGCCGCUCCGGAGCGUUCUUUAUUCGCCGGGCCAUCGGCUCGGAUAAGCUCUACUGGGCCGUGCUCUCGGAGUACGUCAGGACCAUAGUGCGGACCGGUUUUGCUCCUCUAGAGUUUUAUGUGGAAGGUCUGCGCAGCAGGACGCUGAAGUCUCUCAAACCCAAACUGGGGAUGAUGCAGAUGGUCUUGGAGCCGUUUUUUAAAGGUGAGGUGUACGACAUCACCCUGGUUCCAAUCAGCAUCAGCUACGAUCGCAUCCUAGAAGAAUCUCUUCUUGCUCACGAGCUGCUCGGUGUUCCCAAACCCAGAGAGACCACCAGGGGUUUGCUUAAGGCUCGUCGGGUUCUGGAGGAAAACUACGGCUGCAUGCAUGUGUACUUUGGGACCCCGGUGUCUGUGAGAGAGCUGGCUAAUGGGAGGAUCCAACGCAACCAGUACAACCUGAUACCCAGGGAUCUACCUCUGAAUCUCAGUUCGGAGCUGCAGGAGUUUGUGGGCGAUGUUGCUCACUUGUUGGUGCAGUUACAGGAGCGAAGUUUGGUCCUCAGCCCGUGGAGUCUCAUGGCUCUGGUCCUCCUGCAGAACCCUGAUGGUGUGGACUGGAACAUGUUUACACAUAAAACCCUGCACCUGAGGACCCUCACUGCUCAGCUCGGAGCCCAAAUCGACUGGCCUGCACAGCUCCCUGACUCUGAGGUGAUGAUGUCCAGCAUGUCCCUGCAUCACUCUAUAGCGCGCUCUGAGAACGGGCGUGUCCGACUAGUCGAGGAGGCGGGGCCAGGUCCCGUCACUCAAGAGGAGGCAGUGUUCCGACGAGCCUCUGUGGUGCUCAUGUGCGCCUCCUACAGGAACCAAGCGGUGCACGUGUUUAGCCGACCCGCUCUGGUGGCCGUCGCCAUGACGACGGCUCCGAGCUAUAGGAAGGACGACGUCUUUAGCCGAUUCUGUUUCCUGCAAGAUGUUUUGGCAAAUGAGUUUGUCUUCAUGCCUGGCCAUGCAGCGCAGGAUUUUGAUGAAGGCUGCUCUGGCCUGCUGCGUUGUGGAGCUCUGAGCAUUUAUGACGGUGGACUCAGAGUGAUCGAAGAAGAGCAGGACAUCAUCGUCUUCCUCAGAUCCGUCCUCGAACCGUUUAUUGAGACGUAUCAGAUGGUGUUUCGAGUUUUGUGCGAGGAAACAUUUCAGACGUUUACGGAGAAGAGGUUCGUGCCUGACGUCCGCGCCGCCAUCAUGAAGAUCAUCCUCUCAGGUGACGCGAGAUCCUACGAGUGUUUGUCCUCCGACACACAGAAGAACGCUCUCUCGGCUCUGGUCAGGAUGCGAGCUGCGUCUAAAUCCAGGGUAGCUGAACAGACCGAGUACCGGAUGAACCGAUGUGCAGUGAGGAGAAUAUGCGACACGCUGGAUGGCGGCGUCGCCUCCAAGGUGCCGUCGUACUCCAGACUGUGACACGACCCUCAGCUUCUGCUCUUUUUUUAAUAUAGAAAAAUUAGAAGGUAAAUUAGGACCUUCCUCAGACUGAGCGACACUCACUGAAAAUGAAUACGCAAAAGCUCAGGACCAAAAACAUUCCCACAGGAAAUUCCAGAGAUUCGCUGCUCCGUCACGCGAAAGGAAUCCGAUGUCUCUUACGGUACGAGGCUCAGAGUUAUGAAGGCUUUAGCGCUGAAUACGUUUCACCGCUAGCUCGGUGUGGAAGAGUUUUACGCCACCCAACGAACAAAGUUCCAGCGUCUACGGUUAAAAGUCAUCAAGUGUUAAUUAAGCAUUAAUUACCUGCUACUUCUCGGAGCAGAAAUAGACUUUUGUAGUUUUUUAGCGACUGAAAUCGACACGGAUUGGUCCGAGCCUGCUGAUGCGUAACUGCAGAUAUUUGUUUUAGAAUCUAAAACAGACUGUAAUUAUAGUGUUUAACACGAAAUGUAUAAUAGUGUUUAAGCAGAAUGUAUAAUAUUCUGUAGUAUAUCAGGAAUUAAAUAAAGGUGUUUCUAAUUUAAUUAA